AUGAAACAAGCAGAUAUUUCCACUUUAUCAUCACCAUUGAAUGGUAAAAUAAUUGUACUCGAACUUGGUUAUGAAAUCAGUUUGAAAAGUAAACAAGAAUUAAUGAAAUAUUUACGAGAAAAACAAGCACGUAUUUCAUAUAUAUUGACAUCCAGUACUGAUUAUGUUUUAUCUACAAAUAAUGUCGAUACUUACAAAAUACGUCGUGCUAAACAACUUGGUUUACCAAUAGUUGAUGUUGAAUAUAUAUGGAGAUGUCGUUCUUUGUCAUCUGAUCAAAAACAAAUUGAUAUUAAUCAAUUUAUUAUCAAAUCAACGGAAGAUCAAGAAAAUUUUAGAAAAACGGGCACUAUUUCCGUGAGAAAUAUUUGUAAUUCGUGUUCGAUAGGAAGAUCUCGAACGAAUUUAACUCAAAUGAAAUUGUGGAAUUCUGAUGAAGUCGGUUUACCUCGUUUUGAUGAAUUAACUCAUUGUGAAAUUGGUAAAUGGGCCAUUUUUAAAGAAACUAAUGAAACUUUCGAUGUAUUUUUUGUUCUUGAACUUCAAGUUAUUCCUGAACAAUACUACGAUCAAACAACAAGUGAUUAUCGAUUAAGAUUUCGAUAUGAAAAACGUAUUAUUGAUCAAACAGUGUUAAUACAAUAUGCAUUUAGUAAUGAUUCAAAUGAACAACAACAAUUAUUUGCAUCAUAUUAUGAUCGAAUAGCUAAAAUGCCACGUAUAACACGAAUUCGUGAAAUAUUACAUAAUCAAUUAGGAUCAAAAUUAUUAUUACGUUCAUUAUUUACUCAUUGUAUUGAUACACAAAUACUCGAUGCAAAUGUGUGUCAAUUAAUCGAAUCACUUUGGUUGGAAUCAAUUGGUGAUUUAAAUCAAAUUCUAAGUAUAAAACCUGAAUCAUUUACUCUUAAAACGAUUAUUGAAGCUGAAGCUGCAUUACUUGAACUCAAAUUGACCAAUGAUCCUGCUGUUGCAGAUCGUUUUUAUUCAUUAAUACCCCAUCGAUCACAGUAUCAUAUUGAUCUUAUUAAGAAUCGUCGAAUAUUGAUUGAAAAACUCGACUUGUGUCAAAUGCUUCGAGAUAUGUUAACAGUCAAUGAACUAACUAAUUGGAAUGUAAAAGCAUCAAUUGAAGCAAAAUAUCGAGCAUUGAAAUGUCAUAUUGAAACAAUGUCAAAUUCAACAUCGGAAUUUAAGAAUAUUGUGAAUCUCAUUCAAUCAUCCAGAAAUAGUAAUGAACAAAUUGUUAUUCAUAAUGUAUUCAAUGUCGUUAAACAGACAGAUACUCUCAAUUUUUGUACAAAAUUAUCCAAUCAACAACAACUUUUUCACGGAUCAAAAUAUUCAAAUUUCCUCGGAAUUCUUUCACGAGGUUUAUCUAUGCCAAAAAUGGUAGUUGAAGAAUUAGGUGUUGAUCGCACUGAUAUUGGUUGUCUUGGACAUGGAAUUUACUUUUCUAAUUCUGUUUCAACAUCUUUAAAAUAUACAACAGCAAGUACAGUACGAUCAGGUCGUCGUUUAUUAUGUAUUUGUCAAGUGGCACUUGGUGAAUCAGCUGAUUAUUAUUCAUAUUCACCAACACUCAUCAAACCUCCUGAUGGUUUUCAUAGUACACAUGGAAUUAAACAAACUGAAGAUAAUCAUUCAAUAUUUAAUGAUGAUGAAUAUGUAAUUUAUCAAGUUGAUCAACAACGUUUACUCUACAUUGUAGAAGUUUCAUGGAUAUUAAAAAAUGAAAUUAAUAUUGAAUUAGAACGAUUAUCAAUUAUUCAUGAUGAACAAAAUCUAUUUAAAACAAAUGAAAUUCCUACGAUAUUAAUCGAUGAUGAUAAAAUUACUGAAAUAGCUGAACAAGAUUAUGGUUUAAUAUGUUCAUCAUCAAGACAACUUGUUCCACUUAAAUCAUUUCAUAUUCGUGCUCAAAUUAUCGAUACUACAGUUGAAGUUGUUCUCUAUCAAGUUUAUCAAAAUCCAAGUUCAAUUCCAAUUGAAGCCAAAUAUGUAUUUCCUCUUGAUGAAAAUUCAAUUGUUUGUGGUUUUGAAGCACAUAUCAAUAAUCAAAUUAUCAAAGGUAUUGUUAAAGAAAAACAACAAGCGAAACAAGAAUAUAAACAAGCUAUUGAAAAAGGUCAUGGUGCUUAUUUAAUGCAUCAAGAAGAAGCACAAGUAUUUAGUGUUGCUGUUGGGAAUUUACCAGGUCAUAAUGAAGUUAUUAUUAAAAUAACUUAUGUUGCACAAUUAGACAUUGAAAAUGGUGAUAUUAUUUUUCGUUUUCCUGCUAAAAUGGCUUCAUGGCAAUCGAAAAAAGCGAUCGAAAACAAAGAUCAAUCAAUUUUACGAUCGAUUAGUAUUAUCGAUGAAAAAGUUCAAUUUAGUUUGAAAGCAUCAAUUCGAAUGCCAUAUGAAAUAUCGAAAUUAUUUUCACCAACACAUCGUCUUCGUCGAAAAUUAACUGAUUGUACAGCUAUGAUUGAACUUGUUGAUAAGAUUUUAUUUGAUCAAGAUUUUAUUCUUUCAAUAACACUUAAGAAUCCUAAUUUACCUCGAAUAUCAAAUGAAACAUCGAAUAACGAUGAUUCUCAAGUAUCGAUGCUCACAUUUUAUCCACAAUUUCAAACAUUAAUGAAUUCAAACGAACAAAUUGAAAUUAUUUUCAUUGUUGAUGUGUCAAAUUCAAUGGAUGACAGUCAGACACAACAAGCUAAACAAUUAAUUCAUUUGUUUCUUAUGAAUUUGAAAGUUGAUGAUGAAAAAACAUAUUUUAAUGUCAUUUUUUUUGGAUCAGAUAAUGAUGAAUGUUUUCCUAUUUCAAUGUCAACAAAGAAAGAAAAUCUGGAUAAAGCCAAAUAUUUUGUUCUUCAUUCACCUGUUCAUCGUGGGAGUACAAAUCUAUUUGCUGUUUUUCAUCGUUAUUCAUUAUUACCAUCAACAUUAUCAUCGAAUUUCGGUCGUCAAUUUAUUUUAUUAUCUGAUGGACAUAUUCACGAUCUUAAUUCGAUUCUUAUUUUACUUAAACAUCACCCAACUAUGCAACAUGAUCGUUUAUUUACAUGUUCAAUUGGUAAUAUCGCAAAUAAACAUAAUUUAAAACAAUUGACUAAUGAAGCAAAUGGAGGUGGUUUAUUCACAAUAUUUGAUUCAAAUUAUCGAUCAAAAUGGAAAAUAAAAGUAUUGAAUAUUCUCGAUAAGAUUCACCAACCAUGUAUUACAAAUAUAUCAAUUGAUUGGCAUGGUUGUUUCAAUAAAGAACAAAAGUUUCAUAUACAAGCACCAAAAAGAAUUCGAUCUUUGUUUAAUGGAAUGCGACUUACUGUUUAUCGAUUCAUAGAAAAUUGUCAUAAGGCAACAUUAACAGCUAUUGUAAAUGGACAAGAAUUUGUUACAACUGUAUUUAGUAGUUCAAUGACAACUAACAAAGGAAAUAUUUUACAUUGUUUAACUACACGAGCGAUCAUUGAUGAUUAUGAUAAUGGUCUAUGGAAUGUCGAUGAAAGUGAAAAUGAAUUAAUUAAAAUUCAAUAUAAACGAGAUCUUAUUGACCUUAGUAUUAAACAUUCUGUUAUUAGUCCAUACACUAGUUUUGUUGCCAUUGAAGAACGUAAUAUUCAAAUCGAUCAAAAUCAUUCAUCUUCGAUUAGAAAUGUUCGUUUACUUGAUAUUAUGCUUGAACGAGAUGAGGAUUUAUUACCCUAUAUGAGUUGGGAUGGUGAUGUAUCAAAUUUGACUUUAAUCAAACAAAACUUAGCCGAUGCACGUCUUUUACUUCAAUGUGCAUCGUUUCAGAGUAAAAAGGAAACAAUUGCUGAUAUUGAAAAACUUUGCCAAAAAAUUUCGUAUCGAACAGGUGGAGAUGAAAAAUUCAAUGCAAUGAUGACGAUCAUACGUACAUAUCGUUAUUCAUUGAGUGAAUACGAUCAAGCAGAUGAAAUUGAAGAGAAAAUGCGACAUGAUAUUAUCAUCGAAAUGAUUAAUGCAACAGAAGAAGAACGACAAAUAUUGGAACAACAAUGUUUCGCGAAUAAUUUAAUAAUCUCAAGCGAUCAAUUUAAAUUAUUGGCUGAACAUAAUUCCACAGACUUUUCAAUUGCGAAUAAUACUAAAAUAAGUGCUGAUCAAUUGACUGAAGAACAAAUAGCUGAAUUUAAAGAAGCGUUUUUUCUAUUUGAUAAACAUGGUGAUGGUACAAUUACAAUAAAACAAUUAGGUACCGUAAUGCGUAGUCUUGGUCAUAAUCCAACUGAAAUUGAAUUACAAGAUAUGAUCAAUGAAGUUGCUGCUGAUGGUAAUGGUACAAUUGAUUUUCCUGAAUUUUUAACAAUGAUGGCACGUAAAAUGAAAGAUACUGAUUCAGAAGAAGAAAUUCGCGAAGCAUUCAGUGUUUUUGAUAAGAAUGGUGAUGGAAUUAUAUCAGUUGACGAAUUUCGUCAUGUUAUGACAAAUUUGGGUGAAAAACUCACCGAUGAAGAACUUGAUGAAAUAAUUCGUGAAGCAGAUGUUAAUGGAGGUGUCGAUUUGAUGGCGUUAUUUGGUUCGUAUAACCAUGCAACUGAUAAAUCUGUAUCGACUCCCGAUAAGUCAAAAUCAUACGAACGAUCUGAGAACAUAGAAAUAUCUCCAAAAAUCUUAUCAUUUGAUGGUGAGAGAGAGGAAAAUCUGCAAUUUUCUGCAAAUGAAUCGAAAACUUCAUUUUCAGCCAGUUCAAGAGAACAUAAUGAGGAUGACUUAAUAACAUUAGCGUCUAAAAGUGUUGAAUCAAAAUUCAAUGUUUGUCCACUUAGUCUUGGAAUAGAAGAUAUUUAUGGUAAUAUGCAUACACUUAUUCAUCGUAAUACAACGAUUCCAGUACAAACACAGUUUCAUCAAAUAUUCACAAAUGCUUAUGCGUAUCAAACAUCAGUUAAUAUUCGUAUAUUUGAAGGUGAACAUAAACUUACAAAAUACAAUAUGUUUUUGGAUGAAUUUAGUCUUUCUGGUUUAACAAAUAAUUUGUUUGAUCAAACACUUAAAAUAGGCGUUCGUAUGAAUAUUGAUGUCAAUGGAAUACUUCGUGUUGAUGCUGAAGAAGCUUGUUCAGGAGCAAAAGCAUCAUUUAUUCUUUCUUCUGAUAAGCCAAGAAUGAGCAAAGAAGAUAUUGAAAAACAUAUGACAUUUGUAGAAAGUUAUACAAAUUCUAUAGUUGAUGAUGAUAAAUCCAAUGAUUCAUUAUAUCCGCUUGAUGGUCAAAUUACAAAUAUAACACAUACUUUUUCUGACAAAUUGGACACUUCAUUCGAUCAAAAAGUUAACGUAACAUUUCUUCGAAAAAUGAAAGACAUUCAAUCAACAACAACAAUCAUUGAACAAUUGCUAAAACUUCAAUCUGAAGAUGGUUCAUUUAGAUUGAAUUCCAAUUUAGCUGAUGUGUUUCGUAUUGAUCCUAAUAGUUUAAAUCAUAUUGAAAUCUAUUUAAAUAAACAAGGUUUUAAUUUACUUGCUUUGAAUAUACAAAAUGAAAUUUAUCAUUUAAUUGGUACGGGUAUCGUUCUUCUUUGGUUUAUACUUCAACUACCAUCUCUACAUCAGUAUACAAACCAAUUUUUAUCCAACAUCGAACAAAUCGAAAUUGAUCUUUGCAACUUUUUUCCUGAUAACAUAAUUGAACAUAUUAACAAAGCGAUUGAAUUCUACCGACAAACAAGUCAACGUGAUGAUAUUUAUUGUAAACAAUUGGGAUUGGAUGAUUCAUCAUGGAAUAUAUUUAUUCAACGUAUAUUUAUCGGACUUUGA